GUCAAACUGCGUUCCUGUAAAAACAUUAGCCGAAUAUCACUUAACAUCGUCAGACGGAACAGCUUGUGCAUCAACCGAUCUUGUCCUAAAACAGCUAAGAUUAGACAUGGCACGUACCAAGCAAACUGCUCGUAAAUCAACGGGAGGUAAAGCUCCCAGAAAGCAGCUCGCGACCAAAGCUGCACGUAAAAGUGCACCUUCCACCGGUGGUGUGAAGAAGCCUCAUCGUUACAGGCCUGGAACUGUAGCGCUGAGAGAAAUUCGAAGAUACCAGAAAUCGACAGAAUUGCUGAUCAGAAAGUUACCAUUCCAACGUUUGGUUCGUGAAAUCGCGCAAGAUUUCAAAACAGACUUGCGUUUCCAGAGUGCAGCUAUUGGAGCCUUGCAAGAAGCUUCAGAAGCUUACUUGGUUGGGCUGUUCGAAGACACAAACUUGUGCGCGAUUCACGCAAAACGUGUCACGAUUAUGCCAAAAGAUAUUCAGCUGGCGAGACGAAUUCGCGGUGAACGUGCAUAAGCAUUUCAUUGUUCAAAACAUUUAACUGUUCUCUCAAUCAAGUUCAUUUUUGUUAUCACAUUUUCUAAAGUUUUCACAUACUAUCAAAUUCAUUACAGUUGUGUUGUUUUCAUGAAUCAUUACUGUAAUUGACACUGCCAAGACCUUGAAAGAUAAGAUACAGGAGAUAAAGUAUAUCAAUAAAUAUUAUAUAUUGUAGAAUAGUCAAAUACGUUUAUGAUUUAAUAGUAGAAGAAUAGGAAAGAGGCACAGAGAUAAGAGUAUGUAGUUCGUAACACAUAGUAAUACACUUUGCAUAAUUGAUAUGUUAUAACUAGUAAAAUAGGUGACACGAAAUCAAUUAAACCUGCAGAGAACUCGUAUUUCCCAAGGAAUCUAGCUGCUUUCGUUAUAUGUUUCUUCUAUGUUUAGUACUACUUCCGGUUACCGAACAAACUUACUUUGCAAUCGAUUUGUGAAAGAAUUUGCAGUGUAUUGUAAAAUAUUUCUUCUGUGCAAGCAGAGAAAAGUAACACUGUAACACUUCGUAAUAUAAGCUGUAGAAAAUUAAAAUGGUGUAGAAUUAUGUACCGAGCGUGCCCGUAGGCUUAUGUUACUAGCUGUAUUUGCAUUAUCAAAGUAUCAGAAUAUUUUGCAUUUAUAUUUCACGUCACAUUUUAUUUUUAAGAAAUUGUGACCCUGAGAUGGUAUGACAGCCUUGUUUAAUAUGUUAUUAUUUUAUUAGGUACAAUAUUAUGUAUGAUAAGUACUAGUAAUAAUUUACAUUUUCAAAUUUAUGUAUAGAAAUUUUUAAUAAAUUUUAAUCGAACUAUCUUCGUAUCUUGUAAA